AGAAACUAAUCAGUCACACACCGAGGGCACAGCCUCGUGCUGAGGACACUUCGACAUGUAGGCCGGGAUCGAACCGCCGACCUUCCGAUUGGUGGACGACCCGCUCUACCACUAAGCCACAGCCGCCAAUCAAGAAAAUGAUUUCCAGAUGAAUCAAAAAUGAAAAGAAGUCCUAAUUAAGAUGGACGUGCAAUAGUAUGUCACUGCAGAGGAUACACAUGGCUGUACAGUUUUGAGACGCCACCGAUCAGCUGGAGCAGAAGGUGAUCGAGUUCUUCGUCAACGCAAAGAAGAACAAACCAGAGUGGAGAGAAGAGCAGAUGGAGGUCAUUAAAAAGGAUUAUUACAAAGCUUUGGAAGACGCAGAUGAGAAAGUGCAGCUGGCCAAUCAGAUUUAUGAUCUGGUGGACCGUCACCUGCGAAAACUGGACCAGGAACUGGCCAAGUUUAAGAUGGAGCUGGAGGCCGACAACGCCGGCAUCACUGAGAUCCUGGAGAGACGGUCUCUAGAGAUGGACAGUCCAUCUCAGCCGGUCAACAACCAUCACGUCCCCUCUCACACUGCAGCUGAGAAGAGGAAGUACAGCGCUCCGACUCACCACACUACAGAACAUGUUCCAGAGAAGAAGUUCAAGUCUGAAGCUCUGCUGUCCACACUCACGUCAGACGCCUCCAAGGAGAACACACCAGGCUGCCGUACCAACAGCACGUCCUCGUCCACCAACAACGUGUACAGUGUGAACUCCUCUCAGCCUCUGGCCUCCUACAACCUGAGCUCCCUGCCUGCGGGGCCCGGGGCCGGGGCCGGGGCCAUCACCAUGGCUGCUGCUCAGGCUGUGCAGGCCACCGCGCAGAUGAAGGAGGGCAGGAGGACGUCCAGUCUGAAAGCCAGCUACGAGGCCAUCAAGAACAACGACUUUCAGCUGGGCAGAGAGUUCGCUCUGUCCCGGGACAACACCGGAUACUCCUCCUCUGCUCUGGCCUCCACCCUCACCCAGACCCUCACCCCCACCACCGCCUCUGACUCCAGGGGACGCAAGUCCAAAAGCAGCAUCAAGUCUUCCAACCAUCAGUCAUCUUCAUCGUCCUCCUCUUCCUCUCUGUCGUCGUGCUCUUCGUCAUCGGCUCUGGCUCAGGAGCUUUCCCAGCAGGUCUCGGCGCUGCCAGAGGCCGAGGCCAACAGCCAGGUGGACUGGACCUACGACCCCAACGAGCCCCGAUACUGCAUCUGUAACCAGGUUUCUUAUGGAGAAAUGGUCGGCUGUGAUAAUACAGAUUGUCCCAUCGAGUGGUUCCACUACGGCUGUGUCGGCCUGACGGAGGCUCCGAAGGGGAAGUGGUAUUGCCCUCAGUGUACGGCCGCCAUGAAGAGGAGAGGCAGCCGCCACAAAUAGACUCAGCGCUGUCUGUCCGUCAUGUUGGAUUUUAACCUCCAUGUCAUCCUCAUAAAACACAACAAUCAACACACUGCAGCCGACUGAGGUCAGAGGUCAACAGGCUGCUCACAAACGAGACGCUUCAACCGCACUGAGGUUUCUGAAGACAGAUAAAAUACUUUGUGCCAACAGAAAUCAUCUUUGGAUUAAACCACACGAAGAAAAGUUUUGAGAUUAAAAUCAUCACUCAAAUAAUUUCAUUAUCGUCCUCCAAACAGACUCGACUAUUUAAAGCCCAAAAAAUAAAAGAAUUCUGUGGGUUUUCUCUUUAUUUUCUUCUUUAUUUGUCUUUUUUAACAAAAGUAUUUAAACUGUUUUUAUUUGAUCAAAGUCAGAAGUCUGAAAGGAAAAUCAGAAUCUUUUAAAUUCAACAUUGAAAUUAAUCUCAUAACCCGAUUUUUCUGUUUAACCGUCCUCCGAACAAACUCGACUGAUUUAAUUUCCUAAUGCUGUCUCGUAACGUUUCGUUGUUCGGAUCACAGAUCGAUAAAACUAAAAACUCAAACCAGAAGCAUGAAAAUAACAGCAAACCGAACCUCGAGGUGAAUCUGAUGAUCUGGAUUGUUAAAGUCCUUUUCACUCUGGACAAACAAGUGUAACCUGCAGUUUAAAGUUGAUGAAAUCCUAAAAAUAAUCUUCGGACACGACUGAAACAUUUCGUCUCCAGUUGAAGAACGAAAGAAGAAACCUGGACCCAAAAUCAUCUCCGAACUCUUGAAUACCUUUCCAGAUUCUGUUGUGAAAACAAACUGAAUCAGAUCUUCUGUCCCGUUGUCAUUUAGUCCCGUACCACACACAGAGCUCACCUGGCCAGGUGAGAGGUCAGAGGUCAACCUGUCGGGGUCAGGUUGUGUAUCUAAGUAUAAUACAUAGUGUAACUGGAGGAGGAACAGAGUUCGGACUUGAUCUGAAUCCUGAUUUAAUGUGAUUUUCUUUUCUUUCUUUGGACGAAAGAGAAUCCAGAAUUAAAUGUUUGAACAUUUUGAGACUUAA